AUGCUAUUGAGGUUGGGUAUGCUUAAAAGGGGACAACUAAGAUUGAUAGGAAAGUGUGGAAUAGUAAAUAAAUUACCGACCUUAUUUAAGACAAUCCUGGUGAGAUGCUAUUCUACCCCAGGAUUGGAUAAGCGGAAUGAGAUUAUACAUACAACACUUCAGAACAACCCACAAGCCAUUCUUAAAUCAGCUACAGUGCAGAAGAACAAUAAGGGAAUUCCAUUGAAGUCAGCGAUAAUACUAAUAUUUAGUACUGUAGUGAGUACAAUUUCAUUUUAUGUAGCAAUUCAAAUUUGGCUGGACAAAGAAGAGCACCAAAGUAGGAAAGUAGUGUUUGUUCCACUAUGGUUGAAUAUGAAUCUAAUAUCCACAAGUAAAUAUCACUUCCCUUCUGCACUAAAGUACUUAGAUAAUGACUUCCACCAGUACAUAGCUUCAGAAAUUGAACUUGCAAAGGGAGAAAAGCCAUUUUUGAAGGAUUUUCAAGAGGUUGAUGUAAAGUAUAAAGUAUUGGAAAAGUUGUCUUCAAAUAGGAUGUUGAGAAAGUUUUUCCAUUUACCAAUUCCAAUUGAGCUUAAUGAUGACUGUAAGUUCAGUAUUUGGAUGGAAACCAAAUGUCCAACGGUCUCGGGUAUACAGGUUGUUUCAGAAGAUGGGGUAGACUUGUCCUGGACCAUGAAACCAUUUAAUAUCAGAUCUAUGGUUGAAAGUGCGCUAAUACAGGCAGGUUUAAAAUUAGAUCGCUUAGAACGGUCACAGGCGAAUCAAAAGGUACAUGAGAAGGCUAGCGGUAAGAUUCACGAGGUGCCGAUAAAUAAACAGAAGUUUCUUAGUUUGAAUUCGGAAAAAGAUUACGAAAUAUAUUUCACAGGUGAAUUUAUAAUUCUGAAAGAGAAUGGAGAGUCGAAUAAAGGCAAGUUAAAAUACAAAGGUAAAAUAGAUUUCGAUCACUUGAUGAUCAACAGAGGAGUUAAAUUGGUAGAAUUAUGCAUUGAUUUUCCCGAGGGCUACCAGGACGGAUCCAUUACAAGGUAUAAAGUAAUUUGA